GAAUGGUGUUGUGUCUGUACAGAGAUAUCUUUAUCCCAGUGUUGCAUUAUUGCUUUCUCUUCCCAUCACUUCAUGGCGUCCCUAAUUCCUUCCACGGAAGUCAUCUCUUCGACUUCCAAACUCCCACGGAUGUAUGAUGUUCUCAUCAACUUUAAUGGAGAAGAAAUCCGUAAUAAAUUUGUUUCACAUCUCGAUUAUACCCUCUCACUUUUGGUUUCACCACUUUCCUUCACGAGGAAAAUGCAGUAAAGGGGAUGAACAUCGAAGAACAUAUUCUCAAUUUGUGUCGGGUAGCAAUAAUUGUUUUCACGAAACCUAUUCUCAGUCUGCUUGGUGUCUUCACCAACUUCAACAAAUCAUUAAAUGGCACGAAACUUAUUGUCGACAUGUUCUGCCGUAUAUUACGAGAUUGAGCCAUCUGAAUGUACGUCCUUCAGAAGGGUGAUUUGGAAAGCCUUCAAAGCAACUGCACAACAAACAUUUUCAGGACAACAACUGGAGCAUGGCAUGUCCAGUUGGAGCCACGCACUCACCAAAGCUGCAAAUUUCUUUGGAUGGGAUGAGAGGAAUUACAGGAGUGAUGCUGAACUCGUGGACACAAUUGUUAAGAGGAUUCUUUAUUUACCAGCCCUGUCUGCUACUAAAUUUCCAGUUGGAUUACAAUCCUACGUGGAAGAUGUGAUUCGCACUAUCGAAAAUAAAUCCACGGAAGUUUGUAUGAUAGGUAUAUAUGGAAUGGAUGGAUCUGGUAAAACCACCGUGGCGAAAGCCAUCUACAAUGAAAUUCAUGAUACAUUCACGGAGAAAAGUUUUAUUGAAGAUAAUGCACAAGUUAGUCGAACAAGAGGGUAUGUUCACUUACAAGAAAAACUUCUUUCAGAUGUCCUAAAAACAAAGGUAGAGAUACAUAGCGAUGAGAUGGGAAGAAGUAUGAUUCGGGAGAGGCUUUUUCAGAAAAGGGUGCUCAUUGUACUUGACGAUCUGAAUGAGCAUGGUCCAUUAUUAGACCUAUGGGAAUCUCGUGCAUGGUCAGGCAAAGGAACUGUAAUAAUCGUUACAACAAGACAUGAACACCUACUAAGGGCACGUCAAGUUGAUGCUGUUUUUCGGAUAAAUCCAAUGAACGAAAACGAGUCCCUCGAGCUUCUAAGUUGGCACGCAUUUAGAGAAGCAAAACCGAAAGAAGAAUUCCAUGACCUUGCUAAAACAAUAGUUACUCGUUGUGGAGGACUACCUCUAGCUCUUGAAGUCAUUGGUACUUAUUUAUGUGAAAGGACGAAAGAAGAAUGGCAAAGAGUAUUGUUCAAAUUAGUGAAAAUUCCCCAGCAUGAAGUUCUACAGAUAUUGAAAAUAUGCUUUGACGGUUUACCUAAUCAAAUGGAAAAAGAUUUAUUCCUUGAUAUUUGUUGUUUCUUUGUUGGUAAAGGCAGAGCUUAUUUUACGAAAAUCCUAAAUGGUUGUGGAAUAGACGCUGAUACUGCAAUAAGAGUUCUCAUAGAACGUAGUCUCAUAAAAGUAAAAAAGAAUAAUAAAUUUGGAAUGCAUCCUUUGCUACGAGAUAUGGGAAGAGAAAUUAUUCGUGAAAUUUCAAGAAACGAACCUGAAAAUAGUCGGCUGUGGCUUGAUGAGGAUAUGAAACAUGCGCCGUCAAAGAAUACUGUAAGAGACACAUCAAGAAUGCUGAAACUCGCUGGACACUCUGAGUACCUCUUUAAGAAACUGAGAUGUAUCAGUUUGCAAGGGUUUUCUUCAGAAUACCUACCAAACGACUUUUAUCUGCAUGAUGCAAUAGUGGUUGAUUUAAAAUACAGUCUUCUUCGACUCGUUUGGAAAGAAUCCCAGGUUUUGGUAUCGCUAAAAGUCCUUAAUCUUAGUCAUUCCAAGUACUUGACAAAAACCCCUGACUUUUCAAGACUACCAAGUCUGGAACAACUCAUUCUCAAAGAUUGCCCAAGUUUGCGCGAAGUGCACCGAUCUAUUGGAUGUCUCUACAAUCUUACACUGCUAAAUUUGAAGGACUGUACAGGUCUAAGAAAUCUCCCCAGAGAGAUAUAUAUGUUGAAAUCUUUAAAAACUCUCAUUGUUUCUGGUUGUUCGAAGAUUGACCUAUUGGAGAAAGAUAUAGUGCAAAUGCAAUGCUUGAUAACUCUAAUUGCUGAAAAUACAGUUGUGAAACAAGUGCCUUUUUCACUUGUAAGCUCAAAAACUACUGCAUAUAUAUCCCUACGAGGAUGUGAGGGAUUAUCACAUAAUCUUUUUCUUUUUAUCAUUCGGUCUUGGAUAUCGCCAUCAAUGCAUCCCCUAUCUUAUAUUCGUUCGUUUUGCAUGGAUAUGGAGGUUAAUAGUUGGGAUGAUAUUGCACCAUUGCUUAGUAGCCUUGCAAAUCUUCGAAGCGUUUUGGUACAAUGUGACACCGAGUUUCAACUAUCUAAGCAAGUAGAAAUUAUUGUGGUCGAAUAUCGUGUAAAUAUUACAGAAUCAGACACUUCAAAGCCGCACUUUAGGUCUUCUUUGAUUGGUGUAGGAAGAUGCAAAGAGUUCUUCGAUGCUUUCAGUGAUAGCAUUUCUCAGGUAUUAGCACGCAGUGAGUCAUGUGAUGUUUCUCUCCCGGUGGGCAAUGGUCCUUAUUGGUUGGCUCAUAUGGGUGAGGGACAUUCUGUUUCUUUCACUGUGCCUCAAGAUCGUGUCAUAAAUGGAAUGGCCUUGUGUUUCGUUUACUUAUCAACCUUUGAAAUUGUGGCAACUGAAUGCCUUAGAAGUGUCUUAAUUGUUAAUCACACAAAAUGCACAUUGCAGAUACACAACCAUGGAACGGUAAUUUCCUUUAAUGAUAUAGAUUGGCAAGGUAUAAUAUCAAAUUUAGAAUCAGGAGACAAGGUGGAAAUUUUUUUGACUUUUUCCCAAGAAUUGGUAGUCAAGAACACAGUUGUGUAUCUGAUAUGUGGUGAAUCAAAUGACUUAGAAACGAAGCCUGUGCCAAAGAAAAACUCCCUCAUUAGAUUUAUAAAGAAUAUUGUAUAAUGUGACUUCUGGUGAGUCAUUUAUCUUCUUUGAGAACAGUAGAUCCCUUGAAUUAUGGAAUUAAUCCUUGUGUCCUUGAGUGCAAUUAAUUUUUGCUCAUACUUUCCUUGUGUUUCUGUGAGUAUAGCUCAGAGUUAAGAAAUUCAUGUUUAUUUUACUCCUCGCUUGUGCUUCUUUGGCUU